GAUGUGUUUUGCUCGAGGACGGGCUUGGCGGAACGGGGACCGCCACAGCCGGGAGGCGUCGGCGGCAAUGGUGGACGUCGGUUGCCCGAAAAGGCAAGUGUUCAUUAUAGCCACCCGCCAACGUCGAGCUGGACACCGCCCGGCCAGCGCACGUCUGUCCCAACCCUCCCUCUCCUUUCCUUCUCACUCGUCACCGUUCUGUUCGAUGGUCACCGUACCCAAGAAGCGCACCCUCAAGAUCGGCCGUGCGCUCAAGACCGCUGCUCGUCUGCCCGCGCGUGUCUCCGGCGGCAGGGGCAGUGGCAGGAACACCUUCUCCCCAGUCGCCGGCGAGCUCCCCGUCGCCCUCCUCCGUUUGCAGGUCCUCGGAUGCAGAGAUCUCGUUGCAAAGGACAAGAGCGGCCUCAGUGACCCGUUCGUCGUCGUGUCGCUCCUGAGGGACAGGCACCACACGUCCGUCGUGAAGAAGACGAUCAACCCCGUGUACGCGCCCGCCGAUGCGACGUUCGACUUCCCGAUCUACCUCUCGCUCGCGGACAGGCUCGGCGUCGUCGAGUUUGUCGUGUGGGACAAGGACAUGAUGCUCCGCAAGGAGUACCUCGGGGAGGCGAACAUCCCGCUCGAGGACUGGUUUAGGGACGGGAAUGCGUUUGCGUUCGAGGAUCCGGACAACAAGCCAAUAUCCGCUCCGGUCGUGUCAACGCGAACAUCUGUGGCUGCCGCCGGUACCAUUCAGUUCAAGCUCGGUUUCGUAUCACCAACCGAUCGUGGUGGUGCGCAAGACUACAGCGACAUCUUCUCAGAGCUUGUUAAGCGGUCAAGACCAAGCCUUGUAUCUGCUCCUCCGACGGAGGGUAUCGGUACCAUCCGCUCGAACCAGAUUGGCCCGGAAUACCAAGAUGACGGCCUCACCUCUGACGAGGGGGAGAGCAGUGACGAGGAGGACGAAGAUGUCACGCAACCGUACACCCCGCCGCUCGCGCACCUCUAUGUCCCGCCACCUCCACCCGGCCUCACGCUCACGCUUCCUCCUUCGCCCACCCUGGAGACGCCCACGACGCCCACCGCGACAGGGCCAUUAACGCCAUCAAGCGUGAAGACGCCUAGGCCAGCACGUCCGAGCACGCCGUCCUUCAAGAACAUCCCGAGGAUAUUUCCCCGGCGGUCCAACUCUGCCAAGCCACAGCUUGAGUCGCCAACAACGCCCAGCGCGAGCCCAUCCCGCCCGUCACCGCCGCAGUCUCCCGCCGUUUCGAGCCCUGGUCCUAGCUCCGGCUUGGGGACGCCCACGCCUGCCUCUCCGCGCCCUGGCAUGGCGUCGCGUGCCAAGUUCCGGAAGAGCUGGGGCGGGAUUGGCAACAAGAAGACGGACUUCAACUUCUCGGCUGCGAACGACAUCAUCGGUAUCGUCAUGCUUGAGAUUCAGAGGGCGGCGGACCUUCCGCGAUUGAAGAACAUGACGCGCACGGGAUGGGACAUGGAUCCUUUCGUCGUGAUCUCCUUCGGGAAGAAGGUCUUUCGCACACGCGUGAUUCGACACUCGCUCAACCCGACCUGGGACGAGAAGCUGCUCUUCCACGUCCGGCGAUACGAAACCGCGUUCAAGGUUCAGCUGACAGUCCUCGAUUGGGACAAGCUCUCUUCUAACGACCACGUCGGCGACGCGAGCUUCAACGUGUCGGAACUGCUCGCGAACGCCCCGCAGAAGGACGAGGCGACCGGUCUGUACCCUGAAGACGUCGACGGCAGCCACGCCAUGCAAGAGUUCAAACUCCCGCUGUCGACGGCAAAGGAGAUGCCAUGGGAAGCGCGGCACAAGCCCAUUCUGACGAUCCGCGCCAAGUACCAGCCGUACGACGCGCUCCGGCAGCGCUUCUGGCGGCAGUACUUGAAGCAGUACGACACGGACGACACCGGCACGAUCUCUCACAUCGAAGUGUCCUCGAUGCUCGACUCGCUUGGGUCCACUCUUUCGAAGGAUACCGUAGACUCGUUCUUUACCCGUUUCAACAAACGACCCCGUGAAGAUACACUGACCAUCGACGAGGCCAUCCAGUGUCUUGAGACGGAGCUUUGUCGGCCGCGCUCCGAGAAAAAGCUCAUCGACCCGGAAGAGACUGCGUUCGACACGAGUGCACCCGUCACGCCCGCUGCCACCAGCGGCGGAUUCGAGCACCAGCUCACUCUGAACCUCGACAAACUCGACUUCUCAGGUCCGCCGUUCAAUCGGCUGGGCAUGCCGAAGGAAGGGAGCUCGGACCCGGACUUGGUGCAGAAGCCGGCAGCACCUCCAACGUACACCACCGAGCCGAUGCAACAGUCCCUGUCGGCGGCUGCCUCCCUCCCGAGCUCGAGGUCAGACUCGUCCGUCCAGGCGCAGCGCGUGACGUUCGCGCGACAGGGCUCGUACUCAGACCCCGAGGAAUCCUCGUCGCCCAGCGGCGGGUCGUCACCGUCCGGUUCGGACGUCUCGUCGGGCAAAGCGGGUGAGGACCUGCACGAACGUGUCAUUAACAUCAAGGCGUGCCCGCUGUGCCAUCGGCCAAGGCUGAACUCGAAGGCGGAGGUGGACAUCGUCACGCACAUCGCGACGUGCGCGAGUCAAGACUGGAGUACCGUCGACAGGAUCAUGGUCGGCAACUUCGUGACCGCGAGCCAGGCGCAGCGCAAGUGGUACACCAAGGUGAUCUCUAAGGUCUCCAGCGGGAACUACAAGCUUGGGGCGAACUCGGCGAAUAUUAUCGUGCAGAAUCGGCUGACUGGACAACUCGAAGAGGAGAAGAUGCAGGUCUACGUACGGCUCGGUAUCCGUCUCUUGUAUAAGGGCUGGAAGAGUCGUAUGGAGGGUGCACGAGCGCGGCGGCUUUUGAAGUCGAUGUCGCUCAAGCAGGGGUUGAAGUAUGACUCUCCUGAGUCGGCGCGAGAUAUCCCUACGUUCAUCGCCUUCCAUAAUUUGAACGUCAAUGAGAUACUCGAUCCGCUGGACUCCUUUAAGACAUUCAACCAGUUCUUCUACCGCAAACUGAAGCCCACCGCGCGGCCUAUCGAAGAGCCCGAUAAUUCGUCUCGUCUCGUCUCAGGCGCCGACUGUCGUCUCAUGGUGUUCGAGACGGUGGCCGAGGCGACUCGGCUAUGGAUCAAGGGACGGAAUUCACCGUCGCACGGUUGCUGGGUGAGCAAUACCGCCGAGGCAGAGAGGUAUGUCGGCGGCGCGUUGUGUAUCUUCCGGCUCGCGCCGCAAGACUACCAUCGAUUCCACUCGCCCGUGGACGGUACCGUGGGUCCGAUGUCAUACAUAUCGGGCGAGUAUUACACUGUGAACCCGCAAGCGAUUCUUGGCCGUGUCAUGGCCGUAUGCAUUGGUGCGAUGAUGGUGGGAAGCAUCAAGACGACUGUCGCCGAAGGACAGCAGGUGAAGCGGGGCCAAGAGCUUGGCUACUUCGCCUUCGGUAUGCAUGUUCAACUGACUGUCGCAUGUGGGUACUGACUGCCUGUCAACAUUAGGUGGUUCCACACUCGUGGUCCUGUUCGAGAAGGGUGCUGUGAAAUGGGACGAGGACCUCAUCAUCAAUAGCCGGGCGUGCCUAGAGACUCUCGUUCGUGUCGGAAUGGGUCUCGGUCGAAGCCGUCG